AUGUUUGGUUUGACUGUAGGUGAUGCUCUUGGUGCUCAUGUUGAAUUCAGACCAAACAGUUAUUUGGUGGCUCAUCCAGUUAAAGAUUUAGUAGGAGGAGGAACAUGGGGCCUAGAACGAGGACAGUUCACGGAUGACACUUCUAUGGCACUUUGUUUAGCCAAUUCUCUAAUUGCUUGUGGAGAUUUUAUUCCAUACGACCAAUUAGUUCGUUACAAGUGGUGGUUUCGACAAGGUUAUAUGUCAUCGACCGGUCAUUGUUUUGAUAUUGGCGCGGCUACUCGACAGUCUAUUCAAGAAUUCGAAGAGCGUCAAAGAAAAUUUGCACAUGAUCAUAACAUUCCUUUAGACGAAAUUGACUCCUUAUCUGAUGAUGAACUUCUUCAAGCAUUCGACGUGAAUUGCAGCAAAGACAAUGUGGCUGGUAAUGGAGCCCUGAUGCGUCUUGCACCUGUACCUCUCUUCUUUUAUCGACACCCGAAAGUGGCCGUUGAAUAUUCGGGCAUCAGUGGUAAGAUCACUCAUGGAGACGUGAAAGCUUAUGAUGCAUGUCGUUAUUACGGAGCUCUCAUCGUAGCUGCUCUUAAUGGUGCCAAGAAAAGUGAAUUGACUAGUAAAACAUUUUAUGAUGAGCAUAGGGAGUGGUUCGACAAUCAAGCCCUUCAUCCUGAAAUCAUGGCGAUCGCUGGUGGAUCGUACCAAAAACCAGGCGGCUAUAAAGAUGGAAUUCGAGGAAAAGGAUAUAUCGUUAAUGCUCUGGAAGCUGCCUUGUGGGCAUUUUGGAGUGAUGGAGACUCUUUUGAGAUAGGCGUACUCAAUGCCGUUAACCUAGGCGAUGACACUGAUACAACAGCGGCUAUCUAUGGCCAAUUGGCCGGUGUUCACUACGGUUAUAAGAAGUUGCCAGAAAAAUGGUUGAAAUAUAUCUAUGCCAAAGAUUUUCUUCGAUGUGUGAGCAGUUGGAUAGCGCAUGAUGGAGAACAAUGGUCUAGAAAUCAGGGAAUACCAGAUUCAAAUGAGCUAACAAAUUCUUCUAAUUUUGUGUUGUUCAAUUCAAAUUCUGAUGUUUCUAGUUUCUCGACGCAACACUCGUAUGAAAGCUUUAAACCAUCAGUGGAUCCAGACAUGAUUUCGAGCACAAUUCUUCGAAAGGCAAUCGAUCCUUCUGGUCGUAUAGGACAUCUCUAUGAUGCAUGCCAAGAUCAUAUACUGCCAUCACCACAUAUUACUUUGGAUAUAAAGGAAGAUUACUCAAAUCCGUUCAUAAAAUGUAUGAUAAAAAGUGGCGAUAAGCUUGAGAAUCAAAAUGUCCUUCGAUUCAUCAAUUUUUCCACUGAUAUCCGAUUGAGUGUGUUAUCGAACUUAGUUGCACCAACAGGUGUUGCUUCUGUCGUUAAUUAUCCAUUUGUAAUCGAUGAUUGCACUCGUAUCUUCUAUUAUUCUUACUUGGUUCGAGAUCAAGCUGUACUCAACAAGAAAACCGUUCUAUCAGAAAGACUUAGAGCACCUGCUACUCAUGUCAUUACCGCAAUUGAUCGAGGUAUCCAUGUUGUGGUUUUGUUGAGGUUACCAGUUGAUGAUUCUAAAGCUAUUGAUGAUAGUAUCCAUCAGAUAUGUCAUUGCUUGAAGUAA